CUGCUCCUGGUCAAAAUAUUUAUAUAAAUUUUGCUCGUCAUGUUCCUUCAACAUGUACAAUUCUGUGUCCAGGUAUUCACAGCUUAGCCAACGCAUGUCUAGAGGGUAAUGUCAAUGCUGUAAGAAAACUUUUGGAACAAGGCUGGAGUGUCCAUGAUUCAACCGAUGAAGGAGAAAGUCUUUUGUCAUUGGCUUGUUCUGCAGGUUAGACUUUCUGGAAAUUUCCUUCCAGCUUUUUCGUCAGUAUUGGCUGGUGUAUUGAAAGUUCAAAACUGUUAAUUAUUUGUCUUGUUGGAUGGAAUAUGGAUUGAAAAAACACUUUCAUGUUAGAGAGGUGUCGGUUUUUAACCCAUUAAGUUGCAAUGUGCUCAAAUGCACCCUUACUUUAAUAUUUUACUCUGAACUGUUACACAGUGCAGGAAAUAGAAUUUUCUUCUUGGGAGCACAACCUGGACACAAAAAUUUCCUGCAGGAGUGUUUUUGUACUAAAUCUGCAUGUACAUAAAUAUAUAGUGUUCUAUCUGACCAUGGUUUUAAAUUCAAGGAAUAAUGUCUGUCAACCAUAUGUUGUUGCAACCAUACUGUAGUGGGACAUGAGUGUUAAGGUUUCCUUCAAAUUUUCACCAUUUUUCCCGUCCCUGCUGUUAUAUUGUGUAGAUUGUUGCUGUAUUCUGCACUCUUUCUAUAUUUAAGGUUAUUGUGAGCUUGCUCAAGUGCUGUUGGCUAUGAAUGCCAAGGUGGAUGAUCGAGGCAGCAAGGGAGAUUGUACUCCUCUCAUGGAGGCAUCAAGUGGUGGAUUUCUUGACAUCGUACAUCUACUUCUUGACCAUGGGGCUGAUGUGAAUGCCCAGUCACAAGCUGGUAUGUAUAUAGUACAUGUAGAGAAAGCUUCCGAUUGAUAGGGAUUCAACUACAUGGAAAAUACAAGGAGAACGUCAACGUUUUGAGUGAAGGCCCUUCGUCUGUUCGUCGGCAAGUUACAGUAGGGUAUUUUUGUCAUGACUGGUUUUCUCAUGAAAUUUUCAUGGCCGGCUCUUGGACAAAACUAAUUUAUAUUACAGUACGUGUACAUUAGUUCUUUAUAGUAUACUGUAUUUUGUUUGUGGAAACACCACGUAAAUUUAUUACUGCAAAACUUUCGAUCCGUAAGCACUGAUUAUUAGCACUGAUCAAGAUCAGGGCUUACGGAUCGAAAGCUUUGUAGUAAUAAAUUUACGCGGUGGUUCCACAAACGAAAAGUAUUAUACAUGUACAUUGUGCACUGAAGCUAGCUAUUGCUUACAGUAUGUGUCUUUCACUUAUCAUCAAUAUAAUUAUGGCAGUUGAUACUGUCGUAUAAACUGUCCUGGACAAACGAAUGCAUUUCUGCGGGCAUUUGUCCAUUUUGUGUCAGACGGUGCCUGUGUCCAGUCACUUAUUUUUAGGCUUGGGAAGUCUUAAAUACACAGAUAGCGAGAGUGCUGUACUUUGCCCAGCAAAAUAAGUACAGUACAGCACAGUAGCUUACUAUUGGUGUACGUACCUCUGGUAUGUAUGAGCAGCCUUAGCGUCAUGUUGUCUCUAAAUUUUCCAGGUAACACUGCCUUGAUAUAUGCAUGUUGCGGAGGUUAUGAGGAUGUUGUAAAAGUGUUGCUAGACCAUGACGCUGAGAUCGAGUCCCAUAAUGAGAACGGACAUACGCCGCUCAUGGAAGCCGCAAGUGGAGGUCAUGUCAAUGUCGCAAAGUUGUUGCUGGAGAGAGGAGCGUGUAUUAAUUCUCAUUCCAAUGAGUUUAAAGAGAGUGCCUUAACAUUGGCUUGUUAUAAAGGUAGGUUUGGAUAUGUGCGGACAUUGGUUUUCAUUGGUUAACCGUAGUAUGGAUGGUGGAAAUGCCAUGAAGACGCAUGACGAUGACAAACAGUAGGGGCAAGACCCUCCCACUCAUAUUUUUGUUCAUUGUUUAUUACAUCUAACCAAGUAACUAGUAGUUGUAGCAAGUAAACAAGUAUAAAAUUUUAGACAAGGGAAUUAGCAAAAUGUUGGUAAUAUGUUUGCGACCUAAAUUCUAGACUUGGUUCGGACCGUAAAGUAUGGGAGACAGACUUGGAACAUUUGCAGCAUUUCGAAUGUUACUUGGAAAAAUUGACGCGAAAAUGUGUUGUUCUCAACUCAUAAGCCACGCCUCCGUAGGAAAAAUCCGACGAUAAAUUUUGGCGGGCUUGCAAAUGUCCCAAGUCCGUCUACCCCUAAUUUUCUCUUAUAUUUUCGCGCCUUUUUUCACCGUGCGCGCAUUGCUAUUUUUAACCCUUUGAGAAACGGACUUGAACCAUGUCUACCUAUAUUCACACUUUGACACUUGUACGUGUGUUUGUCACACGAUGGUGAACGCUUUUGCUAAGCUUUAACAAGUCGUUGAAUCUUUCCAUAGGUCAUGUUGAUAUGGUGAAAUUUCUUCUUGAUGCUGGUGCUGAUCAGGAACACAAGACUGAUGAAAUGCAUACAGCUUUAAUGGAAGCUUCUAUGGUACAGUAUGAUAUAUACUGUAGUCAUAUUAUAGAGUUGUCACAAAUAUUAACUUGUCGUUGUUUAAUAAUAUACCCUUCCGGAUAGUAUCAUCUACAUAAACCUUUCAACUGAAAUCUUUUUUGUACAGCUAGUAAAUUAAGAUUAUGAAUGAGUUACCUACUUUUUACAUGUGUGUUAUAUCCUACUCAACUGCAUACAGUAACUUUACAUUCUAUGUGAUUUUAUAAUUUAGGACGGACAUGUUGAAGUUGCUCGUCUCCUGCUGGAUCACGGAGCUGAGGUUAGCUAUGUAACUGGAACUCUUUCAUACACUUCUACUCCAUUAACUAUACAGCUAAACGUGGUUUAUAACUUAAAUGAUCAAAGAAACUUUAUUAUAAAUGCCCUUCCGUCUUUUUGACCCUUUCUACCUUCUUUGCCUUCUUUCUGUUCUUCCUUCCUCCCUCCUUCAUCACUCCCUCUCUCCAUCUUUCCUUCCUUCUCUCCCUCCAUCUCUCUUUCUCCCACCCUCCUUCCCUGCCUUUCUUCCACCCUCUCUCCUUCCUCCCUCCCUGCCUUUCUUCCGCCCUCUCUCCUUCCUUCCUUCCUUCCUCCCUCCCUUCUUCUUUCCAUUACUCCCUCUUCCUUCCACCCUCCGUUCCUUCCUUCCUCCAUUUCUCCUUCCUUCCUUCCACCCUCCGUUCCUUCCUCCAUUUCUCCUUCCUUUAUCACUCCUUCCUUCUAUUCCUCUCUUCCUCCUUCCAUUCUCCAUCCAUCCCUCUUUAUUCUUCUCUCCUUCCUCCCUCGAUCCUUCCUCCCUCCAUCCUUCCUCCCUCCAUCCUUCCUCCCUCCAUCCUUCCUCCCUCCAUCCUUCCUAUCUCCCUUCAUCUGUCCUUCUUCCCUCCCUUCCGACUAUCACUUCCUUAAUCAAAUCCUUCCACUUAAAAUCCACACCAACCUUACCCAUCCCGUUUAUGUCCCUGUAGGUAAACAUGCCAGCAGACAGUUUUGAGUCUCCGCUAACGCUAGCUGCAUGUGGUGGUCACGUGGAUCUCGCAUCUCUGCUGAUCGAACGGGACGCGUUCCUGGAGGAAGUUAAUGACGAAGGGUAAGCAGUAGUGUUGGAAAAGCAAUUAAUGUAGAAUUUAGGUGGAUGAAUUAAAACAGACCACAAUAUUCUGCUCUUGUUACAACCGACGUCCUGGUAAUGAAACCUCUUGUAGUGAAACCUCUCUAAUACAUCCAAUACAUUUUCUCUUAGUUAUACUCCACUUAUGGAGGCAGCCAGGGAGGGUCAUAUUGAUAUGGUUGCUUUAUUACUCGAUAAAGGUAAGUUGAUUACCAGGUCGUGUAACUUUACUCGUCAAGGACAGUGCUGGCGUUCAGUGAUUUAAACAUACUAUCUGCCCAUGUAUCUCAGUUAGCUCUUUCAAUGGCGCCCUAACGCUCCCUACUUUGCAAUUUAUUUACUUUGUCUAACGCCAGACAGACAAUUUUACUCGUCCAGGAGAGUGCUGGCAUUCGAUGGAGAGUGCUGGCAUUCGUUUAAUCAGACUAUCUACCUAUUGGACUGGAUCAAAAACUGUGUAAUCUUCAACACAUCUGACAAAACAUAAGAUUUUUAAAGUUUUUUUACUUCCUUACACGAGCGCUAUGGUGCAAAACGCCGCCAAAAUUAGUUACACCAGUUUUCGGGAGAUGUACGUGUUGAUAAAAACGUCUGUUGCUUAUGCUCACUAAUGUAAGAAUUGAACCUCGGUGGCAAAGCUACUGCAGAGAGAAAAGGGCAAUUCAUAAAAAUGUAAUAACACCUCUACCACUGUAGGUGCUGAUCUUCAUGCGCAAACCGACGAAACGCAAGAGACUGCUCUAAGUUUAACGUGUUGUGGUGGAUUUCAGGACGUCGCUGCGUAUUUAUUAGAUAGAGGUAAAUGUAUUCCACUAUCUUUUGCUAGAAUUCCUUCAGGUGCGUUGCUCCACUAUACUGCAUGAUCAACUAACAUUCAAGCGGAUGUGCUGACAAUUUUUGUGGUUGGAAUAAGGACAAAUAUGGUCGUAGUCAGUUAAUCUCAUUGAGAUGAAGUCACAGAAUAGAGACUAUACAGAUACCAGACUUCUUGGUUUUUCCUAUGAUUUUGGCGUAACCGUAAUUCGUCAUCAAAAUGCUGACGCCAUGUUCAGAGGCACUCACCCUCCUGAUAAUAUUCAAAAUGGUGGACGUCCAGGGUGACAAUGCCUUUCAUACACCUGUAUAAGCGCAUUGGCGAGGACCAUUGCGUCAGCAUUUUGAUGAGGAAUCAUGGCGUGGCAGCGGUUACGCUUUUUUUGCUGAUUCGACCUUCUGUGUGUCUUUAUUCUGUGAUGAAGUAAAGCACUGUUGAUGGUUUCCUGUACUCUCUUGAUGGUGUGUUAUAUGAGCCCACUUUGUUUCGGAAACUGAGCCUGAGUGGGAUAAAUUAUUUCUAUGUUUAUAUGUAAUCUGAAAGCUCCAGAAGGUCGUAGAGAAGAUAUGUGUAUUAAUCUUAUUAAGUCAUUGGUUAACGCUGGUCAUAAACUACAUGAUUCCUUGGCAUUAUAAUUUAGUAAUAUUGAAUUACAGUACAACUUAAUGUGAAAUUUUGUCACAAUAGGAGCAAAUAUCGAACAAGGUUCAUCGACGCCGCUCAUGGAAGCAGCUCAAGAAGGACAUGUUGAUUUGGUGAAGUUUGUUUUGGAGAAAGGUAAGUGCAAGCUUCCUUUAAACGGCAAGUUAGACAUGAAAAUUAGUUGCCAAAUAAAAUUCACUUGCCAUCUGGUCUAGUUUUGCCCUCACAUACUAGCAAAAUUUGAAGCAAAGAUUGCAGUAAGGAUUGAUUAAUCAACAUUCUAAUCUUUUCCUUAACAAAGUCAUUUGAAGACUUAAUCAUGAAGUGUUGAUUUGAACUGAUUUACUAAAUGAGGAAGCAAAACAGAAUGCAUACCAUAAACAAGCAAACAACUCAAGUGUAGCAAUUAAUUUCUGACAAAGCAACUUACGGCUCUGAUGUGUGAUUUUAAAACUCAAAUUCAGCAGGUGCAGAUGUGAAUGCCACUACGGGCACGGGCGAUACACCGUUGUCGUUUGCGUGUGAAAAUGGUCACACAGAUGUCGCCGACAUCCUCUUGGAGGUUGGAGCUGAACUGGUACGUAUAUUUAUGUCAUUUUCGGUCGGAGCCGAACUGUUGUUCGUGUCAAUGUUCAUUGCCCUGUCAUCAUUAUAGUUCAUGCUUCAGUUUAACUUCGGUGCGCAAUUAAUGUGGUUUGUGUUUUGCUCAGGAACAUGAGUCUGAAGGUGGACGUACACCCUUGAUGAAGGCGGCAAGAGCUGGUCACUUAUGCACUGUUCAGUUUCUCAUAUCAAGAGGUAGUGUUCAUUGGUCGUAUAUAUUCGGCCUGCUGGGUUUUGUCUAAGCCCUAGUGUCAGCCAUUGUGGGCCUGCUGAUUGAAUGCCACAUCCCUCUACCCACACCUCUCCCCCUCUACCCACACCUCUCCCGCACACUUCUGGAAGAGCUGGUCACUUAUGUACUGUUUAGUUUCUCAUAUCAAGAGCUACGUAGAAUGUGUACAUUGGUCGUGUAUAUUCGGCCUGCUGGGUUUUGUCUAGGCCCUAGUGUCAGUGGGUGGGCCUGCAGAUUGAAUGCCACUUCCCUUUACCCGCACACCACUCCCGCACACUCCUCCUGCAGUCCGCGUCCCCACCCCUCGUCCUGGGCUCCUCCCCCCGUUUAAUACAUUUAUCCUGGUAUGUUAAGUUAGCUUAUGUUUGCUCAGGUGCUGAUGUAAAUCGUGCGACAACAACGAACGAUCAUACUGUGUUGUCAUUGGCCUGUGCUGGAGGCUACCUCGCUGUUGUUGAAUUACUUUUGGCGCAUGGCGCGAAACCUGAUCAUAUAUUGAAGGUAAGGACACAAAGUUGUAUGCAGAGUAGCUGUCAACUACUUCAAUAUGUAGUGACCUGAUUAAAAUUUUGAUUUAAAUGUGAAGCCUGCAUCUGAAGGGCCACAGAUUUUCUGAAUGUCAGUUGCUGGACAUCUAGAGAGAGCAGUUAAGAACUGAUAAAGCUAGCCAGUAUAAAACAAUGAAGUUAAUUUAGGUUUCUUACCCGUACUAACACUAUUGCCAAGACCGGCUUCAAGUCAUGUCGCUCGCUGGGCCGAACCGACUGUAUUAGACGGGAUGAAUUCGGAGAGAAUGAAUGUAAACACAAAUACAUUUCAGACCGGUCUAGGCUGUGCUUUUGGCUCCCGAACAGUGCAUGCUCACCAAAGCACUGUAAAGAAGUAAAACCCUAACCUUAAAGGCGGGCAAGCGAAAUAAAACACUGAAAUAAAACCGUCUUGCAAGUGACCCUAACCUUAGGAUUUCCAUGCGGAUAGUGACAACUAUUUUUGCCAUUUUGUAUUUCUCAACAGGACAAUUCCACAAUGUUGCUUGAAGCAUGCAAAGGAGGCCACACCUCUGUAGCUCGACUUCUCAUGGAAACGCCACUACACGGCAACCAUCCCGAAUAUCACUUUACAUCUAUCCAAACCCCCUCUUCACCCUCAUCCCCACCCCGUGUCCCUCCAGUGCACUCGCUAGACCAACUCGAUCCCAACCUACCCCUCCCUGGACUCAAUUGUACCCACCAUGAUCUGUUACCCUCAUCAUCCAUCAUGGUUCCUCCCGGUCUACUGCCAUCCACAGGUGUACCUAUGACGGAUGACAAACUGGGUUUUUUAACCACCAGUUUGUACAAGAACGGUAAGAAAGUUAAGAAACUCGAUCAGUUCUAACUUUAUAUCUCAGAGCGUUAGAAUUACAUAUUCAUAGUCAAUUGAGAUGUGUUUGCCCAUUGGUUAAUUUGUUGUAAUUCGUACUAUACUAUGUGACUACUCACCCUCCAGCUAUUCAAAAACAGCAUUGACACACAAGAGAAGCUCACUAUUAAACCUUCAUUCAUUGAGUGUGAGUGUGAGAGUGAGCUUUUAGAAUACGGGCGUUUGUCUUUACUUUUCGGAUUCGAAAACAGCAUUGACAGACAAGAGAAGCUCACUAUUGAACCUCCAUUCAUUGAGUGUAAGUGAGCUUUUAGAAUACGGGCGUUUGUCGAGAGUUCUCGCUGCAGAUAUGCAUGGAGCUGACUGAUUUUAAUAUCUACGUUUACAUAGCCUUUCUGAACGAACUGGAACGCGAAAUGCCAUCACUCACACCAGAGGAACAACAACGUAUUGAAGCAGAACUUGAACGUGUGAAACACGAGGCUCUCGAGAUCACCACGCCUCCUUCACCAUUUCGACUGGAUCCCACUUCCGCUGACGUGGACAGUAUCGGAGAUGGCGAAGAGUCUGGAGCGAGUGAUGACGAGGCCAGUUUACACAGUGGUUACGCAGGUGCGUAUCGAGGUCUUCGGAACCGUACGUAAACUCCUUCGCGGGAUUUCGUAAGCUUAGCCGUGCCACAGAUUAAGAAUAUAACAGAUGUGUAACUUUAUAGGACUUCGUGUCCUCAAAUUUCCCUAGAUGUACACGUCAUGCUCACGCCAUAACACUUGCUAGCGAAAUGGCGUCCUGAAAAAUACAAAUUUUUGCACUUUAUUGCGGCCUUUUUCGAUCGACAUGUUUGGAUUAAACAAUCAAUGUUGAAUGUUUAAAGUUGUUGAAAGCAAUUAAGGUUGUUCAGGUGUUGAAAGCAUUUUUGAAAGCAAGACGUAUUACCAAAUGACGAAUUAUCAUGCGAGCAACACUUGUUAGGAAGAUGGCCACCUUGGGACAUUUUUUUACUGAAGUUACACAUCUGUACAUACUUAAUCUAUGGCUGUGCUUGAACGGACUUUACUGUUUAUUAUACGACUCUUGCCCCCAAUGGUCUUGUUUUCAUGUGAUUAUUUCCUCAUGUGUGGUGAAUAGUAAGUCAAUUUUGGAGAACGCAAAUAGGAAACAUAACUCUGAGCUUGACGGCUUAAGAUUUGAUAAAUGAAAUUUGGCCAUAGUCAAACUACACAAUGUUUCAUAAUAGAAUGUUAUAGAAAAGAGAUACCUACAGUAUUGAGACCUCUCUGAGAUUAGGUCAAGUGAUGGGAUAUAGUCAAUAGGACCUCUCUGAAAACCAAGUCGAGUGAAAAGCGCUUUCUGAUGAAAUAUUAUCAUCAGAUACUGGUAAAAGUUUAAAAUGGAGGCUAUACUAGCGUGCACAAGACCUUCUAACCCAGGGGACGGUUGUACGAAGGCCGGAUAGCGCUAUCCACCGGAUAGUGAUUUUUUCAACCGACGACACAAGAAGUAUAAAAAAACCCAGUUAUACCAAUCAACGACUGAUUCAAUAAAGCUUGAAAAAAUCACUAUCCGGUGGAUAGCGCUAUCCAGCCUUCGUACAACCGGCCCCAGGAUUGAAGUUAGCUCCAAUCAUAUGCUGGUGACGCGGUUUCCCCAGAUCCCAACAUUUGACACCCAUGCUGUAAACAUAAUUUACUGUAUUGGCAUCAAUGCAUUACAUUACACAUUACACAUUACACAUUACACUGUUUUCUUUGUAGAUAACUCGGACGACGGCUCCCCGUGCGAAUACGUCGGUCCUUCUUCGAUGCCGCUGACGCCAACACCGUCGCCCGCGAGCCCUACGUUUGUGCCCGCGAUCGAUAUAGAACAGCAGACUGACAGUAAUCACGACACCGCUUUGUCGAUGGCAGCCGCUGGUGGACACGAUGAUCUCGUGAAGUUAUUGCUACAGCGUGGUUCUGAGCUGGAGCAUCGCGAUAAGAAAGGUCAGUGACGACUUGUUCCCACAGAUAGUUGCAUUGGCCUAAAAUCUAGAGGGUACAGCUAAGAAAUUAUGGCAGUCGUGUCCGAACUAUUCUACAUUGUAAAUACAUGUAAUAUAAUCAAGCAUGUUGUGAAUUUUAAAAUCUGUAUAAUUACUGUAUGUAGUUUUUGAAUCACAGGGUCCUUAUUGAUACCAGCUAUGUGCUGAAUGGGCUACCCAUAGAUAUCUUAUAUACAUUAGAUAGUGCAUCUAAUUAUUCUGCAAUUCAAAAAUUGAAGCCGUGAUUGCAGACUCAGGAUAUUCCCAUGAAAUGAGAAGACUCGUAUGUUUACUAUUUCAUAAACAGGGAACUUAAACAUUAAGUUAAACUUAUUCCAAAUACAUUUUCAAACUAUUCCAAUGAUGAAAGUUAUUGUUGUUUUUUAAGCGUUUAUUAGCGAGUGGGAACUACCAACAUGGCCGCCAUCUAUUCAAAUGGGGGGUAACCGCUGGAAUAUUCUUGGCUUCAAUUUUACUAAAAGAGAUGCGCUAUCUAGUGUAUAUAUAAGAUAUUUAUGGGCCUACCCUGUUGAAGUUUUACCAUAGUAUACCAUACCAUUCGGUGUUAAUAAAGUUAACUGAGGUUGGGUUUCCUCCUCUAGUAUUUCUGAAAAAAUGGCUCUUAAUGGAUCUGUAAGAUUAAAAUGUUAAUCUUAAUCUCUAGAAUACUGUAGUUAGGAAGUGAUAAAUUUUGUAAUACCUUUUGUAAACUUGUUUGUCUUCUUUGUUUAGGAUGCACCCCUCUUAUUCUAUCGGCCACAGGAGGCCAUGCAUCGACAGUUCAGAUGUUACUGGACCAAGGUGCUGAUAUCGAGGCACAAUCAGACCGCACUAAGGACACGGCGUUGUCUCUCGCCUGCUCUGGAGGGAGACAGGAGGUAGGAUUCAUGAUUUCAGUAACAUACCUUAUAUACAAACCUCUGAAUCGUGCUUAUACUGUAAGUAUAGAUAUCGUCCGAUUAUCCAUUGGGGACAUACUUGUAUUGAAUGCCAAGGACAGGACUUUGUGGGAUAAGAUCACUACGGACCCAAAUCAUGCUUUGCAAACCUUGUUACCCUCAAUGCGUCAAUGGCAAUUACGUAAACGUGGACAAUGGACAUGAUUAUGAGACACCUACAUUAUUCGUAUUGAGAGAUUUAAACGUGUUUUUACAAAUACAUAUUACAUGUCUUUUUAACUUUAUAUGAAUAGUACUGAUCCGUUUUAAAAUAAGAUUAAUUAGAUACUUAGACACAUAUUAAAUAAAUGUAAAUAUAAUAAUGUAAACUAAGGAUAAAGUGAGACAUUACAUUGUUGUAAACCAAAUAGAUAAAUAUUGAUGUAAACUCGCACGUUUACUGUCGAGUGUACUGUAGUUCCAUAAAUUGGUGAAUAAAGUUUUUGCAAUACAAUACAGCUUUAACAGCUGACUCGUUUAUACUCACUGCCACUCGUCAACUCAUUUUGUGAUUGUUUUUUCCAGGCUGUAGAAGUGCUGAUCGCUGGCAGUGCAAACUUCGAACAUCGGAACGUCUCGGACUACACCCCGUUGAGCCUCGCCGCAUCUGGAGGCUACAUUGGCAUCGUGAAGAUCCUCCUAGCACACGGCGCUGAAAUCAACUCGCGGACUGGCAGUAAACUUGGUAUCUCACCUCUGAUGCUGGCCUCCAUGAAUGGUCACACAGCCACGGUUAAACUUCUCUUGGAUAUGGGAGCUGACAUAAAUGCACAGAUUGAGACCAAUAGGAACACGGCGUUGACUCUAGCGUGUUUUCAAGGCAGACACGAGGUCGUCAGUUUGCUCGUUGAGCGAAGGGCCAAUAUCGAACAUCGUGCCAAGGUAAGUGGCUUUUUAGAUUUACUGCGAGUUCUAAACUGCACACGUAAAAACGCGCAAGUCGUUGCAGAUAUGUAAACAAGGUUGUUGUCAAGUCGAUAUCAGGAUGUUUUCGCACUGCCUGUUCCCAGUUGUUUGAACAAGUUGUUAUCAUCUUGUUACAAGGUUGAUGACGGUAGCAGGUUUUCUACAGGUUGUUCCAACAAGACUACAGUACUUGGCUGCUACUUUCUUGUCGUCAUGAACUUGUUACGUGCAACGAUACCAAACUUGUUGGAACAACUUGUUGCGAGUAGUUGAUCAACUUUGUUACAAAUUUAGUUGUUUGACUUGUUUGACAAUGUUAGACUUGUCAACAACUGGGAACAAGCAGUGCGAACACAUCUUAAUUAAUUGUUGAGAUGUGAAAUUUUUAUGCAUGAAGUUUACAUUGCAGCCAUGAGCUGAAUUAAGUAAAGUUUACAAGAAUUCAUACUAGUCUUCUAGAUGUUCAGUAAAGGCCAUCUUUCGUGGACUUUUUGUUGAUAAACUGACUCUUAACUGUUGUUUCAUUCAGACUGGUCUAACACCGCUCAUGGAAGCAGCAUCGGGUGGCUAUAUCGAAGUUGGCCGAGUGUUGCUCGAGAAAGGUGCUGACGUCAACGCCCCUCCUGUGCCCUCGUCACGUGACACUGCGCUGACGAUAGCCGCCGACAAAGGUCACCAGAAAUUCUGUGAUCUUUUGUUGUCGCGAGGCGCCAUUGUUGAAGUUCGCAACAAGAAAGGAAGUACACCUUUGUGGUUGGCAGCGAAUGGUAAGCUGUUUCAUUGUUUUAGAAGUCAGGGCUCGAAGUAGAGAAAAAAUAUAGGCUGCCAGUCUAUAUUUUUUUGGCAGGUUUAUAGUAUUUAAAAUACGACUUUUGGGACUGAAUUUCGCUUAUUUCUUUAUCAGUAACUUUCACAAAUAAACAGCUUAAUACGAAUAUAACAGCUUAAUACGUCAAAUUUGACCAAUCAACUUGUAGGAUUUGUUAUAUUCACUUGUGCAAAAAUACUAAUAAACUGAUAAGGUCAGAUUGGUAAGUUUAACUAUUGUCUAUAAACCAAGAACCUAGCUACAACUAUACCAAUACAAUGAAGGGGAAAUGUUCAUUGGAAAUUGGGACUCAAAUUAUUCAUACUGUUUGUCUUGCACGAAUAAUUGCUUUGUUUUGAAGGCCCGUCGUUGACUUGCCUCGUCAAGGUCAACGUGCAAACUUCACUAUAUUUCUUCCACAGGAGGGCAUCUGGAGGUGUGUCAACUUCUCGCGCGGUACAGCGCGGAUGUGAACAGCCAAGACAAUCGCAAAGUGUCCGUACUCAUGGCGGCGUUCAGGAAAGGUCAUGUCAAGACGGUCAAAUGGAUAGUUCGUCAUGUUACGCAGUUUCCAUCCGAAUCUGAUUCAGCGAGAUUUAUUUCGACCCUUCUCAAUGAUAAGGUACAGAAUAGUAUAUUUUAUAUCUUGAAUGUUUGUUUUCCUAGUACGACGACUAGAUUUUAAAAUAAUUCUGCAAUGUGAGUAUGUGACUGAGCAGCAACGAGAAAAAUACUUUAUACUCAUUAGAGAAUGUGGAGUAUAAUCUUGUUACCUCUGGGUCUAGCAUUUUGUAAUUAUUUAUCCCGUUGUUUAGGAGCUCCUGAAGAAAUGUCAGCAAUGUAUGAAUGUUAUCCGACACGCCAAGGACUUGCAGGAGAAAGAGGCCGCAAAGAACGCCUCCAUCUUGCUCCAACAAGUCGAUAUGGAGAAGGAGAGAGAGGAGGUGAAGAAGCAAGCAGCGGCGAGAAGACGUGAGAAAAAGAAGAAGAAAAAGAAGAACAAGUUGGCGUGCAAGGAUGAGAAUGACAAGGUGGUGGGCAAAGAGGAGGAUGGCGAGGAUGAUGAGGAACCGAUGGUUAUAGUGAAAGAAGAGAGUGAGGAGAGCCCACAGGAGAAGAGUGAAGGUAGGUGGGGGUUAAGAUGCAGGGGUCUUUCUCCACAUAGGUGAGAUAAAUAAGUAUGAGGAAGUGAAGGUGGUGGGAAGGAGGGGGAGAUGUUGAAAGUGAUAGUGAAGAGAAGAAGUGAGGGGGAGCAAGGUGCAAGGGUCUUCUCCCCGUGGGUGAGAGAUAAGUAUGAGGAAGUGAAGAUGGCAGGAAGAAGGAGGGGGAGAUGAUGAGGAAGCGAUAGUGUUAGUGAGGGAAGAAAGUCAGGGGAACCAAAGGGAGAAUAGUGAAGGCAUGUGGGGGUUAAGGUGGUUGGUCUUUCUCCCCAUGGGUGAGAGAUAAGUAUGAGGAAGUGAAGAUGAUAGUGGGAAGGAGGGGCAGAUGAUGAGGAAGUGCUAGUGUUAGUGAGGGAAGAAAGUGAGGGGAACCAAAGGGAGAAUAGUGAAGGCAGGUAGGGGUUAAGGUGGGUCUUUCUCCUCAUAGGUGAGAUAAAUAAGUAUGAGGAAGUGAAGGUGGUGGGAAGGAGGAGGGGAGAUGUUGAGGAAGCGAUAGUGAUAGUGAAGGGAAAAGUGAGGGGGAGCAAGGUGCAGGGGUCUUUCUCCUCAUGGGUGAGAGGUAAGCACGAGAAAGUGAAGAUGGCAGAAAGGGGGAUGGGGGGAGAUGAUGAGGAAGCGAUAGAAAAUUGGGAAAACGCAGAAAAGGUGAUCCAAAUAGCACAAAGUGUGUGUCAGGACUGCGUUAGAGGGUAUUGGAUUUCGUUUAGGAAGGAGAACAUAAUAUCCAAUGCACAAUGUGAAGACAAUCAAAGAGCUAAUUUCAAAUGAAACUUUCAACCAAAUAGCUUUGAUUUCUCUAUGUUAUCUAGACACCGCCGAGCGAAGUCCCAGUAAAAAGGAUUCACCCAGUGGUAACAGGACGAAAAAGGAAGCGAUGGAUACUCUCACAAGUAUUGCAAUAACUACAGCUGUUGCCUCCGGUGUUAGUGGCAAGUAAGUAAAAAAACACAGUUUGUCUGAAGUGC